CAAUUUUUGGUAAUAUACUGUGGUUUGGGCUUAACGUUGUCUAACUUACUCUUCAUCUGUGCUUCAGGUCUCUACCGUCGGGUGAACUUAAACAUGCCACCGUGCCUCCCUGUUCGCGAGGACAUAAUUGACCACGCCCUGGACUCUCCCUUGACCCAGGUUGGUAUGUUUGUGGCGGCGUCGUGCGGUCGGGCGCUCGCCGAGGCAGGCAUUCGGUUCUCGGCCUGCUACGCCUCCCCGGCUCUGCGCUGUGUUCAGACUGCCUGCCAGCUACUUCACGCUAGCAACCUCGCUGUGCGAAUUGAACCGUUUCUGUUUGAGUGGCUUGGCUGGUACUCGGGUAAACUCCCCAAUUUUUUAUCUCCCUCGAUUUUAUCGGAGAUGGGCUACAAUGUGGACACAGGGUAUCGUUCUGUGUCUUCAACGGAGCAACUUGAUCUACAGGAAAGUGUAUCUCAAUUCUACGCUCGUUCAACUCAACUAGUCAAGGAUAUUCUUGACCAGCACCAAACCACGGAUGCCAACAUUCUGGUGGUCGGGCAUGCUGCUACCCUGGAUUCUUGCACUCGUGGUUUGUUAAAAAAGCGCUUUCGCAGUGGUGAGCUUCAUCGUCGUUGCGCCUCGGUGCCCUACUGCGGUCUGCUCUGUGCUGUUGAGGGUGGUCGCCGCUGGCGCCUAGAGGAACCCCCGAUACCCCCUUUCACCCAUGGGCAAAAUAUCGAUUUUGAUUGGCGCCAAUUUCAAAGUUAUUCGUUCUGUAGCUUUGACAUCAAAUAG